ACCAGCGCGGCUGUGCGGCACCGCGGCCGGGCGCGACCCCGCCGGACCCCGGCCCGAUCCGGGUCCUGCCCGCCUCACCAGCAUCAUGGCCAGCCCAAGAACCAGGAAAGUUCUUAAAGAAGUCAGGGCACAAGAUGAGAACAACGUUUGUUUUGAGUGCGGCGCAUUCAACCCUCAGUGGGUCAGCGUGACCUAUGGCAUCUGGAUCUGCCUGGAGUGCUCGGGGAGACACCGUGGGCUUGGGGUGCACCUCAGCUUUGUGCGCUCUGUUACUAUGGACAAGUGGAAGGACAUCGAGCUGGAGAAGAUGAAGGCUGGUGGGAAUGCCAAGUUCCGGGAGUUCCUGGAGUCACAGGAGGAUUAUGACCCCUGCUGGUCCCUGCAGGACAAGUACAGCAGCAGAGCUGCUGCGCUCUUCAGGGAUCAGGUGGCCACGCUGGCUGAAGGCAGAGAGUGGUCUCUGGAGUCAUCACCUGCCCAGAACUGGACCCCGCCUCAGCCCAAGAUGCUAUCAUCCACUGCCCACCGACCCUCUGGUCAGCCACAGAACGUGGCAGCCUCUGCAGAUAAGGCUUUUGAAGAUUGGCUGAAUGAUGACCUCAGCUCCUGUCCAGGGGCUCGGGAGAACCGCUACGUGGGGUUCGGGAACACAGUGCCGCCUCAGAAGAAGGAAGAUGAUUUCCUCAACCAUGCUAUGUCAUCCUUGUACUCGGGCUGGAGCAGUUUUACCACGGGAGCCAGCAGGUUUGCUUCUGCGGCUAAAGAGGGUGCUACAAAAUUUGGAUCCCAAGCAAGUCAAAAGGCUUCGGAGCUAGGCCACAGCCUGAACGAGAACGUCCUCAAGCCUGCGCAGGAGAAGGUCCAGGGAGUUGGCAGUAAGGGGUGGCGAGACGUCACCACCCUCUUUUCUGGGAAGGCAGAAGACCCCUCUGACAGACCCCUGGAGGGCCACAGCUACCAAAACAGCCGUGGGGACACCUUCGCAAGUGGCACCAUAGACCAGAGCUUCUGGGAGACCUUUGGGACCACCGAGCCCCCCAAGGCCAAAUCCCCAAGCAGCGACAGCUGGACCUGCGCAGAUGCCUCCACAGGGCGGAGGAGCUCGGACAGCUGGGAUGUGUGGGGCUCGGGCUCCGCUUCGAACAAGAACAGCAACAGCGACGGAUGGGAGAGCUGGGAGGGUGCUGGUGGUGAGGGCAGGGCCAAGGCCACCAAGAGGGCAGUGCCGUCUGUGGCAGCAGACGAUGGCUGGGACAACCAGAACUGGUAGGGCCCUCAGCCCAGUUCCCAGCCCCACCAGGGCGCCUGCUGUGUUUGCACUUUGCCCUCAUCCUAGUUCCUCCUUCCUCUUGACCCAAGAAACAGCAGCCACAGCACAAAGGUAGUGUCUCAGGCCAGACUUGUUGGUGCUACAGGGGGGUGUACGUGUGGGAUUGCGCUGUCCAAGGCCAUGUGCCUGCUGUGCACGUGCCCACUGUGCACGCGCCCCUUGGGACUCCAGGACGGGGCAGCUUCUCAGGCUCAUCAGACCUGGGGACCAGGUGUCUUUGAGAGCCAGGCUCACUGCUUCUGCUGGGGGCAGGCCCCAGGGCCACAGCCUUGCCCAGCACCCUCAGGCUGUCCAGUCUGUGUGGAAGUGCUCUUUACCUUUAAAGAAUUGAGCUGGUUCUUUUUUUUUUUUUUUUUCCCUUGAAGAAAAUGCCUGGAGUUUCAGAGAUGGACAUGCCGAAGGCAGUACUGGAGCUUGUACUACGGCCCAGCCCCUGGCCUGGUCCACAUCUCCUGUGGCCUUUGCUCUGAAGCUCAUUGUUGGGAUCUCUGGCCAUCCCGUCAGCCCUUUCCAGCCCCUGAUUUGCCAGAAAAGCCCUCCACAGAGGCUCAGUGGGCUCUGGCCUCAGCCCUUGAACGUUCCCAUCAUGGAAUACCCUGGACGCCUCAGAAAUGAGCAGAGUAGGCUGGGGUAGCAGGCUCUGCAGGUUGGUCCCUGCCGAUCCUGCUGUGAGGAUCCUGCUGGGGGCUGGCAAGAGGGCAGGUGGGGCUCCAGGGCCUCCCUGGAGACCCUGCUCCCAGGAACAACGCUGGCCAAUGUUUUGUUGUUUGCUGUGUCCACCAUGGUCAGCUCCUCCCUGUCCCAGGCACCUGGAGGAUCACUGCACUGGUGGCUGCACCCAUGGCUCUCCCUCCUGUGUGCCCCGCCUUGCACAGUGGUACUGAGGUCUCACUGAACGCACUGGAGCCCACCCAGGCCCUGAGCCUGUUGGACUGUGAAGCAAGUGCAUCGCAAGCUCGGGGACUGGAGGCACUAGUGCCCUGCAGACGAGACCCACCGUGGGUUGCUGCCGCGUGCCUGCUGGGAGGGCCACUGGGCCUCUCCUCGCACCCCCCCACCCCUACUGACCCUCAGUUUUACCAGCAGCGCAUGCA